UCCCUUCGUGUUAUUUCUGUACUUGAAUCAGAAUUGGCACUCACCCAGGGUUUGAUGAGAUGCCAGGCGUUGUGCUAGGCCGUGGACUUGCCCUGGUAACUCUGAAGAUCGCGAGCUAACGAGGAAGACAUUUUGGGUUGAUUUUGUGUUUGUUUUGCGGGAUUUUGUGUAAUAUUUGUGGGGGGAAAAACUAACUGUUCUGUACAAACCAGAAUGCCUUGUAGCCACCGCAGUGAAACUGGAUUUUCGAGAGACUGGAGAAUUUAGAACUGACCGGUCACACUAAACCACAGAGCAACUUGUCAGAGCUGGAAGGGGACAGAGAUGAUCAGAGGCCUUUCAGAGGAAACACCUCUCUGCCCCCACCCCAGAUUGAUACAAAAGGGAAAAAUUGAUCUUUAAUUACCUACAGUGUGUGGGAUCAUUAGCCACUGUCUUUACCAACUGACUAUUCAGGUUUGUAGUGGAAACUGCCUGAAAUCUCUGGAAAAAAACAGGAGUCCCAGAGUUCACGUGUGGGGCAACAAGAUCCGCUGGCUUGACAUGCUUAAAGAAUUCGUGGUACAGUCACAACUCUUGAGAUACACGUCUAGCAAAACUGAGCAUUUCUUACUUAUCACCCCCAGAAUAAGGGUAGCAAAUAAGACUGGAGUAAGAAGAGACUGGAUUUUUUUUAUAUUUGAGAAAAUACUUUUCAGAUCUUUUCUUGAUAUUGCUGUUUAUUAACCAUAUUUAUCAACUAUCAGUAGUAUGAUUUCACAUACAUAGAACAUAGACCAGUGGUUUAAAAUCAGAGUUCAUAACUCAGGAAACUGCGUACUUUGAACUUCGGUUUUGCUGUACCCCUGAGAUUCUCAGACAUUGUUAAGGAGUGUUGCAAAAUAAUUGGUAGUUAAUAUUAGUAAAGCUAACUAGACAUAGAGAGGCAGGGGUUCAUAACAUGAAGGUCAUGGUGUGCUUUGGGCAAAGGACAGGAUCUCUCUAAUUGUGUGAUACAGUUAAGCACAUUUUCCUGGAGAGAAGUCUGCAACUUGAAUUAGAUUCUUAAAGGGAUCAGUGACUCCAAAAUACAGCAGAGUGAUAGCUACUUUCACGUGUUCAGGAGAAAAAGAAGUAAAUUUGGCUGUUCAAGAUGCAAAGGCUGCCUUUAAAAUAUGGAGUAAAAAAUCUGGCAUGGAGCGUGGUCGAAUCCUUUUGGAGGCUGCCAGGAUAAUAAGGGAGCGGAGGGAUGAACUCGCCGUCAUAGAGACCAUCAACAACGGCAAGUCCAUCUUUGAGGCCCGCUUGGACAUUGACUCCUCCUGGCAGUGCCUGGAGUACCACGCAGGCUUGGCUGGGUCCAUGGCUGGCGAACACAUCCAGCUCCCAGGCGGAUCCUUCGGUUAUACCAGAAGGGAGCCCCUUGGCGUCUGCGUGGGCAUAGGAGCAUGGAACUACCCCUUUCAGAUCGCCUGCUGGAAGUCCGCGCCGGCUUUGGCGUGUGGUAACGCCAUGGUCUUCAAGCCGUCUCCCUUCACGCCCGUGUCUGCUGUGCUGCUGGCGGAGAUCUACAUGGAGGCCGGCGUGCCGCCUGGGCUCUUCAACGUGGUGCAGGGGGGCGCUGCCACUGGCCAGGGCCUGUGUCAGCACCACGACGUGGCCAAAGUCUCCUUCACUGGCAGCGUGCCCACUGGCAGGAAGAUCAUGGAGAUGGCGGCCAAAGGAAUCAAGCCUGUCACCUUGGAGCUGGGAGGCAAAUCUCCGCUGGUCAUCUUCUCAGACUGCGACCUGGGGAACGCCGUGAAGGGGGCGCUGAUGGCCAACUUCCUCACACAGGGCGAGGUUUGUUGUAAUGGCACAAGGGUCUUUGUACAAAAGGAAAUUCUUGAUAAAUUCACAGAGGAAGUAGUGAAACAGACCCAAAGGAUAAAAAUUGGAGAUCCCCUUCUGGAAGAUACAAGGAUGGGUCCCCUCAUCAACCGGCCACACCUGGACCGAGUCCUCGGCUUUGUUAAGCUGGCAAAGGAGCAGGGCGCUAAAGUGUUAUGUGGUGGAGACCCGUAUGUGCCGGAAGACCCCAAAUUAAAGGAUGGAUAUUACAUGAGACCUUGUAUACUAACCGAUUGCAGAGAUGACAUGACCUGUGUGAAAGAAGAGAUCUUCGGACCAGUCAUGUCCAUUUUAUCAUUUGACACUGAAGCCGAGGUUCUGGAAAGAGCCAAUGAUACCACCUUUGGCCUGGCUGCUGGUGUCUUUACCAGGGACAUCCAGCGUGCUCACAGAGUGGUGGCUGAGCUCCAGGCAGGGAUGUGCUUCAUUAACAACUAUAAUGUCGGCCCGGUGGAGCUGCCCUUUGGUGGAUAUAAGAAGUCAGGGUUUGGCAGAGAGAAUGGCCGUGUGACAAUUGAAUAUUACUCACAACUGAAGACCGUAUACGUGGAGAUGGGGGAUGUGGAAUCUGUGUUUUAAAAACGUGCAGCGAAGCCAGUCAGCACGGCAGGCUGUGGAAUAAUGAGUCUGCUUUCUGCAUAGAGGCAGUUCAACUACAUACCAUUUAAUUCCAGAAUUUUGAUCAGUCAGGAUAAGAGAAGGGUUCAGUGUUAUUCUUCUUCUCUCAGUAAUUUUACUAAUUCAGGAUGUGCAUAAGUGCCUUUUACCUGCCAAUCAAGGAAGUUGUGUUUUCCUCAAAGCAAAUUUCUGUGAAAUCUUUACGAGCUAGUAACACACUCGAGAAGACAGAGGGGCCAGGCUUGUACUUCCUCCAGACUGGACCCAGGGCCGGUACUCCUUGUCUGGCUUACGGUAAACAGCUUGUUCCUGGUGGGACUUGUCAUUCCAUUGAAAAAGCUGACAGUUGGCUUAGAGAAGGGGAUUAGGUAACAGACAGGGACAGAUUCUGCUUGAAUGUCAACGUGCCAAACCAGGUACUGUUUCCCCUUGGUGCUGUGGUGAGGAAGCAAAGGACCCCAGCACCCCGUCUCCAGUCCUUGAAGUACAGCGAGCUCUUUAUGUGAGGAGAAUUACCUUUUAAAUGUACAAAUUGCAUGCUACUGUAGUGCACUGAAAUGAAAUAAAUCACACUCUUAAUCUUU